AUGUGGGCCGUGAUCCUCUUGGGGCUCCUCGUCGGGGCAACUGCGUCCGAACAGCCAAGCCUAUGGAAACCGGGAUAUGAAUACGUGUACAACGUUACUGCCACAAGUUUGACCGCACUAAACCAGCUAGCAAACCAAUGGAGUGGUCUAACCUACAAUGUCACCCUGGUUGCCAGGCCGAGAUCGCCGAGAGAGCUUCAGCUGCGGAUCUACAACGCAAUCUACAGCAGAAUACAUGCAAAUCUGUCUGGAGGAUUUGACAAUCCUAUCCCAGAAGAAUAUUUGCAUUGGAAGCCUCUGAGGCUAUCGAAGGCUCCUUUCGACGUGCUCUACAAGGAUGGAGAGAUCGUCGAUAUGCUCGUCGACUGUUCGCUCACUGAUGCAGAAGUUAAUCAGCUGAAAGCUCUUGCCAGUAUGUUCCAAGUAGACAUCGAUCCAGAGAAAGGGUCAAUAUUUAAGAAGUACGAGCAAACUGUAACUGGAGACUGUAUGACUCAAUACGCCAGAACUCCGAUUCCGAGGUACCUCCUCCAGAGUGAAGAAAAGAUUGAUCUGCCCGAAAUCAUCGACGGUAAAGCCAAACUAAUAGACGUCACGAAAGAGCUAAACAACUCAAGGUGCCGUGACGACCGCCUUUACUACUUCGGUCUGGACGAGAAACCCUUCAACAGUAGCUCAGCACCGUCUCUGGCUCAUUCGUCCAACAGCAGAGCUAUUGUGGCUAACAUGUCACAAAACAACUACCUCCUGGGUUACGCGGAGUCAACAGAAAAGAUUGUUGUCAGUCCUUUCUUCUACAACCAACAGAAGGGAAUGAUUGCGAGCACCGUGCGUGCGGUUCUGACUGAACACUUCCGCCUCCGCAAGGUAGUUCAAGCUCCUACCCCCGAAUGCCGCACCGGAGGUCUCCUGUACAACCACGUUGACUCUUCUGAGGGCAGUGUUCAUCUUACCGAGUCUGGCAGCGUAGAAGAUCGCGAACAACAGUCAGACGAAGCACUAGAAAGUUCAGAAAGUGCCGCAGCUAGUUACGAGGCGCCGAGGAGAUACCGGCGAGCAGUUAGUCCAUACCAACAACAUCUGCCAGAGCCUGGACUGAAAAAGCCACCACACCACCCGUAUGAGGCUCUUUUCGUGGCUGUAGGAGGUAAAUCUGUACUCUAUGACCGACAAGUAAAUGCCUCUCGCGUAGCUAUUUCAUUGGCCAGAGAUAUUGGCGAAGCACUCUACGACCCACUCUUGAUUGCACCAAAAGAAGCCUUAUCAAAAUUCCCGCUAUUGAUAAGCCUUCUCCGAGUAUUCGACGAGAUCAGUCUUAAACGCAUUACUGAAAAACUAUACAGUGAACAGUCUCCAGAAAAUCCGAGCUCGGAGUAUGCAUGGAGAGCGUACUAUAUGGCUCUCGCACAAGCUGGUACUGGCCCUGCUCUCCUGAAUCUCAUCGAGAUCAUCAAUGAAGACAUGAUCAGUGGAAGAGCCGCCGCCGAAGCUUUUGCAUACAUCCCUAAAGCAGCUCGUACACCUGUUCCGGGAUACGUCAAGCAGGUCUUCAAAUUUGCCACCGGAGAUGCAUCUGACAAGUACCCGCUGAACACCACUGCAAUACUGGCCGCCACUGAACUCAUCCAUUUGGCCCAAGUGAGCAAUGUAUCCAGUUCACGCUACCCGGAAGAUAACUAUGAAGACUUGCUGGGUGAAUAUAACCCCGAAUACGUGAAACAGUUGGAAGACAAGCUGAGGCGCGCUGUAGAAGACGCUUACAGCCCGAAUAUUCAACUGUACAUCAGGGCCCUCGGCAACAUUGGACAUCCAGACAUCGUGAAAGUCUUUAAACCUUACUUGGAAGGACGCAGACCCGUUUCUACCUUCCAGCGAUUUAUGAUGGUCAUGUCACUGGACAAACUUGCCGAAGCUUAUCCAGAGAUAGCGCAGAACAUAUUCCUGCAGCUCUUCCAGAACACUGGAGAAACGCACGAGAUCAGAUGUGCUUCGGCUCUGUUGUUGGUGGCGACGAACCCACCGGCUAGCGUCCUGCAGGAACUGGCUCAUUUCUCAAACCUCGACCAUAACACCCAGGUGAAAGCAGCAGUCAAGAGCAUAAUACAGUCAGCCGUCAGCCUACUUCGGCCCGAGGACUCUGAGCUUGCUGCGGCUGCCAAAUCUGCCCUUCAUUUGUUGACAACGGAAGAAUAUGGACUGGACAAGUCCUUUGGAGAUAUCAGCAGCGCCGUUGUUGAGGACUUCGACUUGGCAUACAAGCAAUUAUCGGCAUUUAUCGGCAGCGUGGACAGUUACGUGCACAGUGCGGCUUCAGUGAAACUUCAGAAGUUCCACGGCCCGCUCAUCAGUCACCGUUCAGAGGUAACCUCGAUGGUCAGCAGCGUUCGGCAGCUGGUAAGAGUUUUACUAAAUCAGACGAGCGAAUCCGAACCUUCAUCGGCCAGCGACCCUGCAAGAAAGCUAAACAUACAGAGAAACGUCAGCGAACCUCUCGAGGGCAACAUCCUUCUCGAUCUUCUUGCAUCGAAAUCAUUUGUAGCGUACGACAACAUCACCAUUGAGCUGCUUAAAGAAUUUAUCCAGGACGAGCUCCAAGACCUACGCGUUGGCAACAGCUACAACAAAACAAUUCUGGCGAACUCAGCAUCGGCCAGCAUAGGUCUUCCUUCAAUACUGGGUUUGCCAUGCAAUAUAAAAUUCGACGCCCCUGCAUUAGUUUCGAUUCAGGUAAAUGCGACGGCUGAGAUUCACCCAGACAUUGAGAAGCUCUUGUCGGAACCCCAACAGCGUCUCCAGUCCCUAAGUGUAAAGUCUGAAAUCCAGGCCACGUACGCUUCACAACUGAACUCCAAGAUCAAUAUCAUCUUCCCACUCGAGAGGAAAGUGUACGAGUCAUCGCUCGUGCAGAAUCUACAGGUUUACGUUCCGGUGAAGUUGCAUAUUUCCCACAGUCUGCCGCAGAAUCUUACGACGAUUAAGGUCCAGCCACUAGACAAGAACCAAAAAUACCCACUCGUCCGCGCGAGCCGCGCACCUACCACCGCUGUGUGGUCGCCGAUCCCACUCAUCAACGCCGGUGAAAACCGCCGCAUCGUGCACGUGAGGCCAGCGGUGCAGGCUCAGCGCGUGUUUGGUAAGGACUCAACUGGCAUGGCCUUCAUCGUAGACUACAAGUCUGAAGCUGAAUUCAUUGACAAGGAGGCUGCAGCCGAUCACGCAAAGAAAUUCGACGUUUGGUCGAGUGUAUACUUCCCAUGGGCUUCGGAUGAAAUUUAUUACUACAACCACACACUCUACUACGCACCAGAAGAAUCGUCGGCCAAGGACGUUACGAUACAAUUUAGAGCUCUCAAGGAGCAGUAUACGAAAUUCUUUCCGGGCCUGGAGAGCAGGAGUGACGAGCAGUCUUUGGAGUCAGACGAUGAAGAGCAGCCACGAAGCUACAGGUCCAUGCAGAGACGUCAUCCAAAAUUCCAUCACAAGAGGGCAGCAGAUUCUUCUGACGAGGACAAUUAUGAGCAGCUUGUGGAUCAAAUGAAGAACAGGAAGCUUGCAAACGCCGAUUUGUUUGUAAAACCGCUGGAACAGAGUCUGGAAUCCUUUGAAAAGGGCAUUUUUGAACGUGGAACAUCUUACAUCCUUGAAAUGAGAGUGAUGUUCGAGCAGCCUCGUGGUGGGGAUUACCGUUUGUCACUGAUGCAUUCUCGUAACACUCUCAGAGCUGUUACAUUAUCAGACGCGGAAUAUUGGUGCAAACCAGCAAGAGGACGCAUUUACCAGGCGUCUGCUGAAGCGAUUGGUUUAUUCCCACUGUUGCCCGAAAUGAACUUCGAAAAGGCGUAUAAUUCCAACCCUAACUCAACUAUAUCCUUUUCGUAUCUCUCAGAAUAUGAAGGUGCCAAGAAGUCGCAUAUCUUUGCAGAGUUCAAAGCAGGGCGCAGCGAAAGGUUGAAGGUACAGAUCGGCAAGAGUGGCAUCGCCAAGAAAUGUCGUGAACAAAUGCGAGAAGGAAACAACAUUUUGUACGCAUGCCGAAACGCCACAGAGGAGUCAGGAUUGCUCGACUACUUUUCCGUCAAGGGAAGCUUCGACGACUUGUCUCUGGGAUUCAUUAACAGCACUUACCAAGUAUACUCAUAUGCCAGGCACCUAUUGUACCCGUUCAUUUCUGAAAUACCGGAUCUGAGAGCUGCCCACCAGGUGACGAGCGGCAGAUUUGACGGGCAUCUGUGGUUCUCCCCGAAAUGGGAUUCUUUCAACGCCUCCCUGAACGUACCAGCCCUGUCGACGAACUUCACUGACGUCAGAGGAUGGCCAAAAGGCAAAGUCCAUCUGUGGCUGCCGCAUCCAUCACGACACGUUGCUGAGAAGCUCUCCAGAGGAUACCAACAUCGUUACGUCGCUCCUGCAUGUUCCUUGGACAAGCGCAACAUGACAACAUUCGACAACCUGACUAUACCGCUCGAGUUGCCCGAAUGCUGGACUCUGAUUCUAUCACUUGUGCCGAAACCAGUCUAUGACGAAGAAUUAAGCUACGUAAACAAAUUCAAGAUACAAAUCGGAAAACACUAUAUUGAGCAAGAUUCAACGAAGUACAUUGUAGUAGACCGCAUGAAGCAUAACCUACGUUCUGAUGAAACAACGCACGUGGAUGUGGAUGGAGCAGUGUUCGCAGUGGGUGCGCUCCUACCCAGUGGCAGCAGCUGGCUGUCCGUGCCGCUGUACGGCCUAAGUAUGCACUACGAUGGAGAACGAGCCCUGUUGCUGGUCAACGAGACCUACAAGGACUCUGCCAGAGGCCUUUGCGGUACCUACGAUGGCGAAGCGGUGACCGACUUGACCAUCCCCGAGAACUGCAUCUUGAAGGACCCUCGCCAUUUCGUCGCACGCUACGUCAUUCCGGAGACCUGCCAAAGCGACAGUGUCAAGCGCUUGCAGUCAGAGGCGAAUAACGCUCCCUGCUACCCGUACGAAAUCUUUCCGGCUGACAACAUCGUCGCCAGGCAAUAUCCCAGCCCUUACAGAGCUGCUGCCCGUAGCGUGGACAGUGACGAAUCAUCCGCUAGCGACGAAGAAUCUGCUUCUCGUGAAUCGCGCAGCUACAAGUCUCCGGGCAACCUCCGUCCGGUGAAGGUCGUCAAGGCACUGGAGCACGCGGGCAAGCUGGCGUUCAGCAUUCAGAAGGUUAAACAGUGCUUGCCGCCUCUAGUGGCUGACAAGGUGGAGUGGAGGAAAAUCCCAUACCACUUCAUCAACAAAACCUCUGCUGGCCUCCACUGGUUCCAACAAGUGAAGAAGUCGCCACAGAACUUCGAUUUCAGCCAGAAGUCGAAGAACGCCGAAAUACGCACCGAAAUCCACUUGUCAUGCAGGCAACCAUGA